UUUACCUUACAAGCGCAACGUCCCACAGGGAUGCACGAUUCUGUGUUUUGGUUUAUGUUGUGACGAAAAGAGUUAGCUUUGACAGUCGUGUGACUUUACCUUAUUUCUUAUCUUCCCUGCACAGGCUUUUAACACAUUGCCAGAUAUUUUAAAACCACAAACAGCUCGUCUAAAGGCCCGUUUUCGCCUGUCAGCGAGAAGGGGGAGUGACUGUAUUUGGACAUUUAGCUUGUGAGCUAACGUCAGCAGCAUCAGGUUGACCCAUGUCCUCUGAGGAUUUAAUCAACUCCACGCUCUCAGACUGGCUUUCAUUUAACUCCUGGUGGCUACUUCUGCCCUUCAUUAUGUUUCUGAUAGUGGCUGCUUUCAUAGUGGCAUUCGUACUUCUCCUGUACAUGAUAUCUCCGUUAAUAAGUCCAAAACCACUCAAACUCAACGGGGCCCAUGUAGUGGUGACUGGAGGCAGCAGUGGGAUUGGGAAGUGUAUUGCUAUGGAAUGCUACAAACAAGGUGCCUUCAUUACACUGGUGGCACGAGAUGAGCAAAAACUGGUUCAGGCGAAAAAAGAAGUGGAGAAAUGUGCCAUCAACGAUAAGCAAGUGGUGCUGUGCAUUUCUGUUGAUGUGUCAAAGGGCUACAGCGAAGUGGAGAGUGUCAUAAAGCAAGCCCAGGAGAAGCUGGGCCCUGUGGAUAUGCUAGUGAACUGUGCCGGGACAGCUAUAUCUGGAAAGUUUGAGGAAGUUGAAGUGGACCGUUUUAAGAGAUUAAUGGAGGUAAACUAUCUAGGCAGCGUUUACCCCACGCGCGCAGUGAUCACCACCAUGAAGGAAAGGCGGAUGGGCCGUAUCAUGUUUGUGUCAUCACAAGCGGGGCAGAUCGGCCUCUUUGGCUACACAGCCUACUCGCCGUCCAAAUUCGCUCUACGUGGACUGGCUGAGGCCUUGCAGAUGGAGAUGAAGCCCUAUAACAUCUAUGUUACUCUGGCGUUUCCUCCAGACACAGACACACCAGGUUUGGCAGAGGAGAAUAAGACUAAGCCUCUGGAGACCAGGUUAAUUUCAGAAACGUCAGGAGUCUGUCAGCCAGAGCAAGUGGCGAAAAUUGUGGUUAGGGAUGCUGUGCAAGGAAACUUCACCAGCUCGAUUGGUCCUGAUGGCUACAUGCUCUCAGCUCUUACCUGUGGAAUGUCACCUGUCACCUCCAUAACUGAGGGACUGCAGCAGAUCGUGACCAUGGGGCUGUUUCGCACCAUUGCUCUCUUCUACCUGGGCAGCUUCGACAGCAUCGUCCGCCGCUGCAUGAUCCAGAGGGAACAGUCUAAAGCAUCUGACAAGAGGGAGUAGCACCAACAUCAUCACAGCUGUCCACAUCCACCACCACAUUCACCACAUACACCUUCACUCAGCCUGGCAGACACAGUCUACAUUGAGAAAACACAGAAGUUUUUGUCUUUUGUGCUAGUUUUUUCAUGUUGUAACUGAGGCAUAAUAACUGUCCAUCUUUCAUGAUAAGUCCAGCUCAUGUAUAUGUGGCUUGCAGGACUUAACCAUUCCUGUUUUAGUGAAAGUUCAAAGCAUGCUGCAUAAAUUCAACCAAGCUCUUCUGUUUGAAAAGGAUUUGCAUUUCCAAUUAUCUAGUCAUUGGCCUGAAAAGCCUGAACUCUCACUUCCUUAAGUAAGUUCCUAUGUUUAGAAAGGUUAUACCAUUCAGUUCUUGCACGCACAAAAGGCUAACCAUCAAAGUGUAACAAUACUAUAUUUCAGUACUAUUCUAUUUAAUUCUAUUUUUAUAAAUGUGAUGCUUACAUUAUUUUGUUCAGUCAAGGGCAUCAAACCCUAAUUUCAAAUGUUCUGUGAGGUUCUUCUAUGUUCGUAGUGAAGCACCGUAUGUCUUCCUGCUUUUAGAUUUCAUCGUUUUUAAGGUAAAGACAGUAGUUUUGUGUUUUCGGAAGAAACAGCCUGAGUCUGCCACUCUGCCUUAUCCUAUUUGCUCCGUGUGGGGGAUACUGAUGGAAAUGUUUACCUUAUAAUUGUGCGUGUAUGUGUGUGUAUAUAUACAUGUCGUACGCAUGCAUUUAAGUGACCUCAGGGGCUUUUAAGAGUUCACUGAACUGUAAGAUGGAUAAGGAUAAGCCAUUAAGGUGGUGGCUCGCUGGUCGAGUCACAACACCGUUUAGCCAGCAGGUGGAGCAGGAGAUCCAUACCCUAAAUAUCAAGCAGCUUGCAUUCAAAUACCUGAUCUAGAAUCAGUCUAAAUAAUCGUAUUCACAGCGCAAUGGAUGUGUUUUGAUGCCCACAACCCCAAAAAUGUGUUGAAUAUAACAAUAUAUGUAGUAUUGAAGGUGAAUAGAUGCACAGAGAGUACAUUUAAGUGUUCACACAGAAACAGUGUAGAUGUUGUAAAGUAACUUUAAAUGGAUUGCAUAUAAACUGUUUCUGGUUAAGAAACUUCCAAACGUACACCUUGUUCUUGCUCCACCUGUGCAAUGUCAUACUUUACUAACAACACACUAGCUAGUGAUAAACUUACACCGAUGUGGUAGUUGCCUUUCUCAGAGACAGAAUUUUUGGCAAACUAAUACUUUACUUGGACUCUUUAUUUAAAAACGUUUUUGUUUCAUGCUGCUCUGUCUACCCUAAUAAUUGACCAAUGCAGUCAGGCACUACAGUCCCAUUCCAAGCCUUAAAAGAUAUAAACGCAGACCACUAAAAAGCUAUUAGGGUGGAUAUGUCCACAUCCAGCUACGGCAUAAAUUGUGUAAGGUUUACAUAUUUUUCGUUUGACCGAACUGGCUUAUGAAAAAGUCGCUGUUUUUGCUCAUUUGAUUGUUCUUUGUUUGCUAUUUUAGUUUUUUUUUCCAAGAAGACCCAAUAUGUGAAAGUGAGAAUGCAUGAGUCAAAUCGGCGAUGUUCUCAUUUGAUAUUGGCUUAAGGCAACACGUAGUAGCUGCAAGUUAGGUGCUGAUAUUUGUUGGACUUAAGAGCGGUGCCCUCUUUCAAAAUAUGGAUGUAGUCAGUUGUUUAGUUGUUAAAAAGCUAACACUAGAGCAAUUGUUUUAAACUCCUUAAAGCUAUGCAAAUCAACCCGUGCUCACACUUCAUUCAGAUACAUAUGACACUUGCAUAUUUUUGUUGUUGUUUACCGCUCCAGUUUACUGUUUUGUUGAUUGAUGUGGAGAUAAAAUUCCCAAGAUAUGAUAUAUAAAUAGUUUAUGAGUUAGUGUGGGAUACAUUGUGCUUCUAUGUUUUAUAAGUUUAUUUUCCUAUUUGUUGCCAAACUAGCAUAAAUUUCACCUUGUGUGCCAUGGAAAAGAAAGAGGAUGUUGUUGCUUUGUCUUAUUUUCUUACGUAAUUAAAUAAAUAACUUUUGAAAGUU